UAUAUGCAAAUUUAUACGACAACGUACACGCCGAAUAUCCUUACGAUUAUCAAACGGCAACCCGUCGUCUGCAUUCUUUCGCGCACGAAUGGCUAACCGAACCAUCAGGGAUGUGGCCAUCGGCCGAAGAUGGAAUAUGUUUCAGGUUUCUAUGCCGCGGUCCCACAGUUGGAUUUAAACUUCGUUUUACAAUCUUGCAAAGCAUUUGAGAACGAGGAAAGCAACAGGGAGAUUGGUCAGACUGAUUCCUGUGGUGCGACUGCACCGAGAUCAUUGCCGAAUUACUAUUCUCAAGGGAGGGAGAAGAACACGUACGGGAAGGGGUCGCUAACGGACUGCUUCACAAAGCCAUUCGGCUGCCCCAAAUGCGGAAGAUCCUUCACCAUCAAAGGCAACAUGACCAGGCAUCUCAAGUUCGAGUGCGGCCAACCGCCGAGAUUCCAGUGCCCUUACUGCGAAUUCCGUAGCAAACAAACGUCCAACGUGAUGUCUCACAUUAGAACCAGGCACGUAGGUCAGCCAGUUUACGUGGUGCACCUGGAGAAGUGAAGGAUCAGCUGUGAAAAGGAUCGUCCGGGGCUGUCGAGAAGACACGAAUCGGGAGAUUUAGUACGUGUUCCUGUUGCUCGUUCGUUAACGAACGAUGUCGUAUAAAGUGAAGGCCGAGAAAAGGCGACGCGAGGUGCGAAUGUUCGAUCCUAAGAUAAUCGACCGCUUUUCGCGUAAUAGUUUUCCGUGUUUACGGCAGAUCCGAUCUCCGUCCCUUUCGAGAUGUUUCUGUCGUCGGCUGACUGUCUCGAAAGCUUGCUGUUCGCAUCGGAAACGUAGAGGGUAGUUCCGAGCGAACGCCGCCUUUUGCGAUUGUCGCCUCUUAUAUUAGAAAGAUAAUAACAUACACGCAUUUGCGUAUACGUUAUAUGCAUGUAAUACAUGUAAUAUACGCAUAUAUACCUACACACACGUUGACACACAGCCACACUCAUUGAUACACAUCACGCGUAUGUGAAUAUUAUACAAUGCAUACAUUUAAUAUAUGAUACAUAUAUUUUCCGUUGUUAUCAAAUUUUUAAAUGUUUUAUAAAAUUAGGGAACUAUCGUUUACGAGAUUUAAUCGUGAAACGAGACGAUGCUCAAACGAAUCUCGAAUUUUGGGAUACCGAACGCGACCGUCGGUUAAUUUGUCGCACGUUGAAAUAGCUCGUGUUUUCUACGAAUGGUACACGUCGUUGGCGACGUAAUCAUUAGCCGGUAACCGGUUUGCCCGAGAAGUCGAACGUAAAGAUGUUUCAAGUACAAUUGCAUUUAAAGUUCCACGAUGCACACGAGCUGUCACACGAAAAGUUCUUCGAUUUCUAGACGUCCUACUAGAUAAAAUUGUAUGUUUUCUAUGGAGGAAAAAUUGAGAAAGAGAGUGUGUGUGUGUGCGCGCGAGAGGGAGAGAGAGAGGGGGGGCUAGAGAGAAAGAGAGAGAACGAAUGAGAAAGUGUGCGUGUGCGCGAGAAGAAAGGAGUAAUGAGUCGAUGGGAAAGAUAGUAAGAAUAACGAUAAUAAACGACAUCCUUAACGUUCAUAGCAGAAAAAGAAAUGGAAUUCAACGUAACAGUUUCAUCCGUCGCUGAAAUCGAGCCAACUAUAAGGUCAAGAAAUGACGAGGAAAAGCGAAAAAGAAAAGUAGAGAAACUGGAGCAACAGAAAACACGCGUUCGUCAAAUAAUAUUUAAAAGUUGUUUCGGGUAAUUGCGCGUCCGGCGUAUCGUUGGAUGUUCGAAGGGUGAAAAGGGGAGGAACAGAGGAAAGUGUACCUUGCGAUUUGCCGGUACGCUUUCCGCUUUAAGACUGAACGGUACAGGGUGAAGCGGUCGGGGCAAACGUUGUAUUCUUUCACUUUUGUUUCUCGUUUAUCGAACCGAAUGAGAAUCACGAUGAAAGAUAAUGCCGGGCUUUUAAGCUUCUGGGAUUCGAUGCGCGGAGACAGCAGGAGGAUAGUAGUGUACCUACUGACGAACGUUUGGUGCAACCACGUGCUCACGGCGGAAGCGUCGCCGUUCGCACCGCAACCGAAAUGUUUUCUUUGAUUCUCGUUUUCUUCUAUCUACACCUAGACGUUAGUGGCCGACUGUUUUUGUUGCUGUGAUAUAAUUAACGAUGUUGUAGAGUUAAGUGCGUUUAUUAAUAACUGUACACGCCCGAUCAGAGUCGGGCUAGACGCAUUUCUCCAUUCAUGGUACGAACAAGUUGUCCUUUGCCCGUUUCGAUCGGUCUCGUACGACCGAUCGUUUCCUUCGGGAAUUGACUACGAAUAAAUGUUCGCGAAUUACAUUCGAUGUCUAAACAAUUACUAUUCCCCAUUUUCCACGAUGUUUUGUGAUCAUAUAUCGUCGUCACUGUGGAAUUGUAAGAUACGAAUAAUAAAUCGAUGUUCAAACA